GAGCCGACACUCUCCCCUGCGCCCGCCCGCACGCCCUUCUUGGUGCUCUUAUCUCUUCUGGUGAGCGGGAGCUCCCAUUACCUCUCUCGGGGAAGGAGGAGGGAGCACCGAGAUCGGGGACAGUCGUACGCCAACUGGUUCUUGGGGCCAUGCUCAAAGCCUCCGAAAAAGGGGGCCAAAAAAGUUGUUCCUGUUCUUAUUUUAUUUCAAACUUCAAUCUUAACCAUUGGGAGAAGAUCAGCGUAGUGCUUGCCUGCUGUUUCUCGGUAAAAGUAGGAGCUUUCAGCGAUUGAUCCUCGAAGGCGCCGCCUUGUACGCCGGUGAGGGAGAUGUCGUCGUCGCGGCCGUCGCGGCCGUCGCAGUCGUCCACCAGCUCGAGCAGGAGCUGGCACAGCGCGCGGAUAGUGGCGCAGACCACCGUGGACGCAAAGCUCGACGCCGAAUUCGAGGAGUACGGCGGGUCCUUCGACUACUCGCAGUCGGUGUCGGCGCUGCGCGAGACGCCGGGGGAGGAGCGGCGGAGCGAGAAGGUGACGGCCUACCUGCAGCACAUCCAGAAGGGGAAGCUCAUCCAGCCCUUCGGAUGCCUGUUGGCUCUCGACGAGAAGGCCUUCAAGGUGAUCGCCUACAGCGAGAACGCUCCGGAGAUGCUUACCAUGGUCAGCCACACCGUCCCCAGUGUCGGCGACCACCCGACGCUCGGCAUCGGCACCGACGUCCGCUCCCUCUUCACCUCCCCUAGCACGGCGGCGCUGCAGAAGGCCCUCGGCUUCGUGGAGGUCUCCCUCCUCAACCCCAUCCUAGUCCACUGCAAGACAUCCGGCAAGCCCUUCUACGCUAUCGUGCAUCGCGUCACCGGCUGCUUGAUCAUCGACUUCGAGCCAGUGAAGCCCAGCGAGGUGCCCAUGACCGCCGCCGGCGCUCUGCAGUCCUACAAGCUCGCCGCAAAAGCCAUAGCCAAGCUUCAAUCUUUACCCGGUGGCAACAUGCAGAGGCUCUGCAAUACCGUAAUAGAAGAGGUGUUCGAUCUCACCGGCUACGACAGGGUGAUGGUUUACAAGUUCCACGACGACGACCAUGGCGAGGUCUUCGCGGAGAUCACAAAACCCGGUCUCGAACCUUACCUGGGACUGCAUUAUCCCGCGACUGACAUUCCCCAGGCUGCUCGGUUUCUUUUCAUGAAGAACAAAGUGCGAAUCAUCUGCGAUUGCCGCGCCAAGCCGGUGAAGAUCUACCAAGACGACAAGCUUCCCUUCGACAUCACCUUCUGCGGCUCCACCCUCAGAGCACCGCAUAGCUGUCACUUGCAGUACAUGGAGAACAUGAACUCGAUCGCAUCGCUGGUUAUGGCCGUGGCUGUCAACGAAAGUGGAGAGAACGAGGACGCGGAGACUGAGCAACAGCAACAGAAGAGGAAGAGGCUUUGGGGCCUCGUCGUGUGCCACAACGAGAGCCCCAGGUUUGUACCUUUCCCCUUGAGAUAUGCCUGUGAGUUCCUAAUGCAGGUGUUCGCCAUUCAUGUGAGCAAGGAGUUCGAGCUAGAGAACCAGAUUCGAGAGAAGAACAUCCUGCGCACCCAAACCCUGCUCUGCGAUAUGCUCCUCAAAGAAACUUCGCCUGUAGGAAUUGUAACUCAGACUCCAAAUAUCAUGGAUCUGGUAAAAUGUGAUGGUGCUGCACUUCUUUACCAGAACAAGAUCUGGCGACUCGGUUUGGUGCCUACUGAAUCGCAGAUUCGCGACAUCGCCUACUGGCUCACGGAGAAUCACAUGGAUUCGACAGGUUUGAGUACUGAUAGCCUCUCGGAUGCCGGAUAUCCGGGUGCUUCAGCUCUUGGUGAUGAUGCUUGUGGAAUGGCUGCUGCAAGGAUAACUUCUAAGGAUGUCCUCUUUUGGUUCAGAUCCCAUACCGCUUCUGAAGUUCGAUGGGGAGGUGCGAAACAUGACCCUGCUGACAAGGAUGAUGGCCGGAGAAUGCACCCCAGAUCGUCGUUCAAAGCUUUCCUUGAAGUCGUAAAAAUGAAAAGCUCUUCUUGGAUGGACUACGAGAUGGAUGCCAUCCACUCACUGCAGCUUAUACUAAGGGGGACUCUGAAUGAAGCUGGCAAUUUGAACAAACAGGAAACUUUAGAUUCCAAGAUCAAUGACCUAAAGCUAGAAGGCCUGGUGGAGCUACAGGCAGUGACGAAUGAAAUGGUCCGCCUAAUCGAAACAGCUACCGCCCCAAUUUUGGCUGUAGAUAUCGAUGGUAUCGUAAAUGGGUGGAAUCUCAAAAUUGCUGAACUUACAGGUCUUUCAGUUGAUAAGGCCAUAGGGAAACAUUUACUUGGACUUGUCGAAGAAUGCUCGGUCGAUGCUGUGAGGAGGAUGCUUCACUUGGCAUUACAAGGGAAGGAGGAACAAAAUGUGCAAUUUCAAAUGAAAACUUAUGGUCCCAAGGAGGACGAAGGUCCGGUCAUAUUGGUUGUGAAUGCUUGUGCGAGUCGUGAUGUCGAGGAUAACGUAGUUGGUGUUUGCUUUGUGGCUCAAGACAUGACUAGUCAUAAGAUGGCGAUGGACAAGUUCACUCGGAUUGAAGGAGACUAUAAAGCCAUUAUCCACAAUCCGAGCCCGCUGAUUCCUCCGAUAUUCGGUGCAGAUGCUUUUGGAUGGUGUUCGGAAUGGAAUGCAGCUAUGACCAAGUUAUCGGGAUGGCAGAGAGACGAAGUGAUUGAUAAAAUGUUAUUAGGUGAGGUUUUUGGAAGUCAUGUUGCGUUCUGCAGAAUGAAGAGUCAAGAUGCCUAUGUGAACCUCAGCAUCAUUGUUAACAAUGCAAUGACUGGGCAGGAAACCGAGAAGUCUCCCUUUAGUUUUAUCAAUCGCGACGGUAAGGUUGUAGAGUGCCUAUUGUCGGUGAGCAAGAAAGUCGACGAGGAAGGGGUCAUUAGAGGGAUCUUUUGCUUUUUGCACAUUGCUAGCCAUGAGCUGCAACAUGUCCUCCAUGUGAAGCAAAUUUCUGAACAGGCCGUGAUGAAAAGAUUGAAGGCACUUUCUUACAUAAGGCAUGAGAUCAGGAAUCCCCUUUCCGGUAUCAUGUACACAAGAAAGUUACUUGAAGAUACCGAAUUGUGCAAUGAACAGAAGCAACUUCUCGACACUGGAACUAUGUGUCAGCGCCAGAUAAAUAAGAUUCUCAAUGACUUGGAUCUAGAGAGCAUCAUGGAUAGUUGGUUGGAUCUCGAAAUGGUCGAGUUUGCACUCCAGGAUGUGGUGGUCACUGCUGUAAGCCAAGUCAUGAUUGCUAGUGAGGCAAAGGGAGUCAGCAUAAUCUACGACAUAUCUGGUGACUCCAUGAAUGAGGGUGUUUAUGGUGACAAUCUUAGGCUUCAGCAAAUACUGGCCGAUUUCUUGCUCUUGUCUGUUAAGUCCUCCCCUGCUGGUGGUCAGAUUGAGCUUGCCGUUAAUCUUGCCAAAGAUCAGUUGGGAAAAUCUCUUCAUGUUAUACAUCUUGAACUGAGGAUAACACAUUCUGGUGGCGGAGUGCCAGAAGAACUGCUGUCCCAGAUGUUUGGAAAUAGCGAGGCCCCGUCUGAGGAGGGGCUCAGUCUUCUAGUCUGCCGGAAACUGCUGAAGCUCAUGAACGGCGAUGUUCGCUAUCUGAGGGAAGCCAGCAAGUCAGUGUUCAUCGUGUCGGUGGAACUCGCCUCUGCCCAGAGGCCUCAGGGUAUAAGGUCAUGGACAUCAGUUUGAUGCUCACCGUAUGAGCUUUUGUAGAAACAAUCUGAUCUGAUCUCUUUUGCUGAACUUAUAAAAUUUUCUGUUUCAAUAAGCAAAUGCCGGUGCUUCUUCAUUCUA